AUGACAAAAUUCUUGUGUUCUUAUCUGUUCAUCUCCAUGUUUGUUCUCUCAGCUUUUUUGGCUUUGCCAAAUGCACAGAAAAUAUGCAGGAUGAAUCCAAACCUUAGGAAAGCAUGCAGUUUUCAAGAAUGCACACCACUUUGUCUUCAAAAGUACAACAUGGAUGGAAUUUGUAUCGGAAAUAACAAGAAAAUUUGCACUUGCAUUUACGAUUGUUAA